UUGUUUAUAAACACUCCUCUCUUGUGAUGUUCGUCACGAUGGAGUCAUCAUUCGCAAAAUAAAUGCAAACCAUGUCUAUCAUAAGCCGUAUCUCAGCUGAUUGCGUUCCAAUUCGCCACAGAACCUGUUGCGAGAUUAAAUUUAUACUUCCACUCCUCUUUGGCGGAGCUAAACGCGUUGAUCAAAAUGAAAUAAGUGGUUAUAAGUAUUUCGGUUCUUUCAUAUAUUUAUUUCUCUCGACAGAGAACCAAACCACAAACGUUAGAUAAGCGCGGCAUGAAUUCAUAGUCAGAAUACAAAUAAAAGUUCGCAAAUUCGCCAAUUGAACUAUUUGCCAGUUCUGCUGAAAUUUAGAUCGAUGCAAUUGGAAGCUUUACGAGUUAUUUUAGUGAAGCGAGUCAAGUAAAAAUUCUCAUGGUGAAUUCAAAGUUUGUACAGCGUUUACCAUUUAUUAAUAGCCCCUUGGUGGUUUACAAUUAAAUUAUUUAUGGAAGAUGUAAGAAGGAAAAUGAGGAGAUUGAGAAAUGCCGAUGGACGUUUUUUAUACCCAAAACCUCUCUUCCUGUGGAAUUUUAAAUCAUAUGAAUUCGUUAAUGCUCGCACUAUGGAAACUUUUGUUGUGCCAAAUGCGCGCGCAAUUCCUCUGAAAAAUAGUCCCUGAAACUUUUGUGCGUGCUUCCCGUGCAAUAUUGAACACUCCCCGUGGAGUUGGUUUGGAUGGGAAUUGUCUGAGCGAGCAUGAGUGUUCACUAUAAGUACAGAUACGAGAAAAUCAGCAGCACGACAAGCAUGUUCCUCUGGAAGAGCUUCAAACCCUGGACUUACAAAGUCAUAGGAUUGCUGGUGCUGAUAGUGAUGCUGUCUUUCACCCUGGCAUUCACGUUCAACGCCUUCACGAAGCGCUUCCAGGGCGAUCAGUGUCCGUUGCGAACGAAAAUCCGGAUCGCCGCUGUCUCGAUGCGCACAUUGGACAAUUCCACGGUACUUCGGAUGCAGCCGCAGUCCAUGUACUUCAACCAGCGCACGUACUGCGACUAUGUGGCAUUUCCGCCAGUCGUGAUGGGCCUGUUCAGCAUCAUCUGGGCCACCUUCUUCCUCAUCUGCGGCUACGGCUCGAAGAGCAGCGGCACAUUACUGCCGAAGCCGUGGAGAAUCUUGACACCGUCCAUCAUCUUCUCGAUCGUCAUGACGAUCGCCUCGAUGAUCCACAGUGUUUACUUGACACUGGAGAUGAGGCAGCUGUGCGAGCAGCUCUCAAUUGCCUCCAUUCGGUACUUUGCGGACGCUCAGCAGUCCUCCUGUCAGGACAUCAUGAACCUCUUGGAUGGGGAUCAGUACGGAUUGACCACCUUCACGCUCUACCAGAUCUUCACAAUCGCGUCCUACAUCACAAUCAGUCUCUGGAUCGUCACUGUGAUCUUCCUGAUCUUCAGGUGCAUCUCUGGCAAGGACUUUCAGCACGUCGAAGUCCACAUGCAUCCCAUCCAGGACAGCAGUCCUCUCCAGCACGCGCCAGACGUCAAAUGCGACCUCUGCGCCAUAAAGACCGACGAUUAAAUCAAAGAGAAGGA